GGCGUCGGAGAAGAUGUUUACAGGGAAACCGAGCCACAAGAAGUACAGGGCCUUAAUGAAAAAGGAAAAACGAAAAAAACGUCGACAGGAACUCGCUCGAUUGAGACACUCAGUUCUGUUUCCAUGCACUGGGAGGUGAGAAGGCUCAACAGAGACCAAUGGAUACCGCCAGCACUUCCGUGCAGAGACUGUCACAAAAAGAAGAGGAUGCUAGUAAUGAAGAACAACUAAAAGAAGAGAAGCUAUCGGAGAUAGAGAGGCAAAGCUUACAUGAAAAGUGGUUGUUGAGGGAGCAGAAGGCACAAGAAGAAUUCAGACUAAAGAAGGAAAAGGAAGAGGCAGCUAGAAAACAGCAGGAAGAACAAGAGAGAAAGUUAAGGGAAGAAUGGGAAGAACAUCAGAGAAGAGAGAGAGAAGACGAGAAGAAGAAACUACAGGAGAAGAAAGAAAGAGAGGAAGCUGUUCAGAAGAUGUUGGAACAGACUCAGGUAUUUGAAAAUGAGCUAGGAAAUGGUACUACAUGGCAAAACCCAGAACCACCCCUGGACUUAAGAAUAAUGGAGAAAGAUCCAGCAAAUUGUCCAUUCUACAAUAAAACAGGAGCUUGCAGGUUUGGAAAUAGGUGUUCACGUAAACACAAUUUCCCGACAUCAAGCCCCACCCUUCUUAUCAGAAGCAUGUUUACAACGUUUGGAAUGGAGCAGUGCAGAAGGGACGACUAUGACCCUGACGCCAGCCUGGAGUACAGCGAGGAGGAGACCUACCAGCAGUUCCUGGACUUCUACGAGGACGUGCUCCCGGAGUUCAGGAACGUGGGGAAGGUGGUCCAGUUCAAGGUCAGCUGUAACUUGGAACCUCAUCUGAGAGGCAAUGUAUAUGUUCAGUAUCAGUCGAAAGAAGAAUGCCAGGCAGCGCUGUCUCUAUUUAACGGACGAUGGUACGCAGGACGGCAGCUCCAGUGCGAAUUCUGCCCAGUGACCCGGUGGAAAAUGGCCAUUUGUGGUUUGUUUGAAAUACAACAGUGCCCGAGAGGGAAACACUGCAACUUCCUUCAUGUGUUCAGAAACCCCAACAAUGAGUUCUGGGAGGCUAACCGCGACAUCUACCUGUCUCCAGAGCGGACUGGCUCCUCCUUCGGCAAGAACUCGGAGAGGAGAGAGAGGCUGGGCCACCACGAGGAGUACCACGGCAGGCCCAGGCGGAGGAGAAGCCCUAGCCCGCCCCGUUCCUACAAAAGGAAUGGAGAAGCAGAGAGGAAAAGGAGAGGCAGCCACAGGGGCAGGAAAUCUCACCAGCGCACGUCGAGAAGUCGGGAGAGGCACAGCUCCCGCAGCAGAGGAAGGAAAAGGGACCGCAGCCGGGGCCGGGGCUGCCGGGGCAGCCGCAGCUCCUCCCGGUCCAGGAGUCGCGGCGGGAAGAGGUCACCUAGCAGGGACAGAACUGUUCUGACUUCCAAGUCCAAAUAAACCGACUUUGGUUUUACAUGGUUCUACAUCUUAUUUAUUGUGGCCAGGAAAUACCUGGAUAGAGUGCUCUGAGCCCACGUGAGUUCACAAGUUUAACAAAUGUAGUGCAUCCUAUUUCAAAAAACACAUGAAAGGUAUAAAAAUUAUAACCCUCAGAGAUAGUCAACAUUGGACUAUUGCUUAGUUGUUUUUAUUUGGAAGGGUAUGUAUACAUUUUCUUAAACUUAACUAUUAACCCAUAUUCUUAGGUGAUUUUUUUUUAUUCAUUUUGCAUUGUGGACUUGUAACCAGCUUGUGCCACAACAUCAUUAUUCUUUAAACUUAUGACUUUCUUGUAUUCUGUAACAUAUCCCUUGCAAAAACAAAGUUGAACACAUCAAGAGAAGACAAAUUCCAGGGCUAACUAAGCCUGCUAGUAGGUUUCAGAUAAGGAACCCAAAGACCACCACUAAGAAACUGGUUUGUGCACAAAAAUUACAAGGUAGCAUCUGACAUGCCUUAUCAUGACACCUUUUGAUGAAUUUUUCUUCAUUAUAAUGCUAAAAAUCAUGCGCAGGUGGAGAUUUAACAUUAAAACGAGACAAUGUAUGAGGAAGCCUAUUUCAAGCAUGUUUGGAAACUGCGCGUGCUCCCUUGUAACUCCAAGAAUUCGCCACUCUUCCUCAGCAGUCUCCUACCCCUGAGCGCACACACCCUUUAUACACUAGCUUUGCGGAAUACUCUCUCUUCCUAUUGAUGAGAGCGACACCAUGUACAAUCAUGAUUUGGGGGCUCUGCCCACCAUUGUGUCUGGUGACAGGUCAAUUCACUCAACACAUCUCUAUUAUAUUUCAAACUUCCUUAUGAUUUAGCACUAUUAAUCCUGUCUGGAAACAAAAAAAAAAAGUGAUAGUUAUUCAAAUAAUUUUAUAUUUUGGGGAAUCAAAUUACAUUAAAGCAUGCAAAACCAAACUUUCAAGUCCCUCCACACUAUGAAAAAGGUACUGUAUCACCAAUAAAUUUUGCUGACUACAACCCAAAGUAUUUUAUCUUUGCCAUAGUAAUAAAUUUUGUGGUGUCCAUUUUUUUACCUAACCUAUAGUUAGGUUUUUCUAUAUAUAAUAUCCAUUAUAUUGAUUCUUUUAAUGUAUAUGAAUUUUUCCCAGGCAUAGCUGAACAACUCUUUCAUUUUAAAAUUCAUUUUCUCUUUUAAAGUACUAAAAACUUUUUUUCCUUCCUCCUACCCCAAAUUCUCAGUUCCUCUUAAGUUGCACUUUUAUUAUCAGGGAUAUUCAUCUUUUUUUGCAAUGUGUUAUGUUCUUUAUACAGAAGUAAAUAGUCAUUUUCAGUAAAAUCAGAGUCAUUGCUACUGAAUAUGUCUAGUGUUAAACCAGUUGUGGUACAGAAAUCAAAUAGAAGAAUUAUCAGAGAAGAGCAUCUUCUGUAGAAAGCUUAAAAAACCCCUAGAUUUCAGGUAAAAGAAACAUGCUCCCAUAUUGUCUUUUCAUGUACAUUUUGAUUAUUUCUGUAGUAACUUUCUUUUGAUGGACAUACUGAUGACCUUGAAUUUCAGUGUGUAACAUCUGGCAAUUUCACUUUUGGGUAUAAUGGACGUUUAGUUCAGGUGGGUUUCUGAGUAAUCUCUUAAGGAUAUCGGUAAUUUGCUGUCAAUAAAAAACUAGCUAACAAUAAAUUUCACCUUACAAAUCUUAGUUUAUUCCAGAAUUUAAAUGCCUCUACUCUAAGAUGGAAAAUUAUUCUACCUACUGGGCUCAUAAUGCUGCUUGUCACUAAGUUCAGGUUUUUUCAGCACUUGUAAAUACAAUCAAAAUGACAAUGUGAUAUGUGAAGGUGAGUCUUAAUAGUUUAUGUGGGGAAAAAAAUAUAAAUAUUUUCAGCUCGAAAUAUUUGAGGUAUUAGUGACUUUCUCUCAAAUAAUAGAUACAUGGCAUUAAAAAAUAUAUCUUGCAAGGAACUAUUUAAACCACUGACUGCGUAUACUAUACUGAAGGUAUUCAUCUUGAACUAAAUAAAUAUAACAUGAUUUCAAUUUAUGAUUCAAAAAUUCUGAUUCCACAUUGCCAGUACAUGGCCUUCAAAGCCUAUUAAAUAAUAGCUCAAAGGUCAUUUAAUCAUGUAAGUUUGAUGGUACUUAUUAAACAUUGUUUCAGUAUUCAGAUAUUUCAUAUCUGUAACAUCUAUAGUAAUGUAGCCACUUAUUUAUGAUAACCUAUGUUUUGAUAACUUUUGGUUUUAUACCCUUAGGAAGUAUUGUCAGAAUGAGUCCUGAAUUUUAUGUCAUAUGCUACCACUUCAGUUACAGGAAAAAAUGGAGAAGGGUGAGAGGAAUAAAAUUUUUUUCAUUCCCUGGAA